AUGUCAAAGAUCUUGAAGCCAAAAUCUGAAGGAUCGCAUUAUGUAUCUAUUGCUGGAGAUACUAAGAUAAGUUAUUCUGGUGCAAGUAUAUUUAGUUUGAUCUUACCAUCAAUUAUGGUAAUCUUCAGGAUUCUUAUGAAUUUGCUUGGUUUGAGCUCAUAUAACUAUACAGUUCUUUUAUUGGAGCCUGAAAAGCAAUGGGCUGAGUUAGCUAAACAAUUAAUCGAAGAAGAGAAGGUGAGGAUAUCUAUUGAUAGCGUUUAUCCUGUAGAGAAUUUUUACGAUGCCAUUAAGAAAGUUGAGAGUCAAAGAGCUAACGGAAAAGUUAUUGUUCAAAUGAACGAGUAA